AUGUCAAUUAAAUUGGUCAUUGGAGGAUCUACGUUGAACGUUAUUAGUUCCUAUGCUCCACAAGAAGGGUUGGAUGAUGAGGAGAAGAAGAGCUAUUGGGAGGUUUUGGAUGAGGUGGUAAGAGGCAUUUCGAGCACUGAGAAACUUGUCGUUGGAGGAGAUUUCAAUGGGCAUGUUGGGUCUUUAUCAGAAGUUUAUAAUGAUGUGCACGACUGUUUUGGUCUCGAGAAGCAGAAUGUAGAAGGAGUUUCACUUUUAGAUUUUGCUAGAGCUUUUGGGUUAUGGGUAGCGAAUUCGAGCUUCUCGAAGAAGGGAACACCUUAUUACCUUUAG